AUGAUACACGAUUUCGCUGUGAGGUUGGAUGAAGUCAGACGCGAUAGCGAUGGUUCCGUAAUUAUGCGCCAAAUUGGUUGCAAUCGGGUGGGCUCAAGAAAGGAAGAGGUUGAAAAGGACGAAAGAAUCAGGGACCACCGACCCCUAACUCGAAGUUGUUGCCAGGCAAGAAUUCGUGCAAUAUUAGAUACAAAAAUUCAGAAAUGGAAGGUUGUUUCGUUCUACGAAGAGCACUCUCAUGAAUUAGUUGCUCCACUCGACGUUAGCAUGAUGCCUGAGUAUCGCACAUUCAGUGUCUCGGAUAAAGCUCAGGCAAAGAAUUUGCACGACAUAGGCAUCAGGACCUGUCACAUCUUGGGAUACUUGGCUGCUCAAAAAGGUGGAUAUGCGAACUUGUCAUUCAACCAAAAAGAUAUGUACAACCUCAUUACUCAACAUAGGAAGGAAAAGGUGAAGGGUGGUGAUGCAAAUGCUGCAAUAAGCUACCUGAGAGGUAAAGCUGGGUAUGAUUCUUAUUUCUUUGGCAAGUACACAUUAAGUAAUGAGAAUCGAUUAGAAAAUUUGUUAUGGGCUGAUGGGACUAGCCGUAUUGAUUAUAAGUGCUUUGGGGAUGUCUUGACAUUUGAUUCGACUUACAAUAGAAAUGUCUACAAUAAACCACUUGUGAUAUUUUCUGGUAGCAAUCAUCAUGGGCAGACCGUCGUAUUUGGUUGUGGUCUUCUUGUUAAUGAGGAUAUUGGUUCAUACAAGUGGCUCUUGGAAACUUUUUUGGAAGCAAUGGGGAGUAAACACCCUACGGCAGUUGUCACCGACGGAGAUCUUUCAAUGAGAAAAGCAAUUAAACAGGUCUUUCCUUAUGCAACACAUCGACUAUGUGCAUGGCACUUACAUAGGAAUGCAUGCGAGAAGGUUAAGAACAGUGGAUUUCUAAAUGACUUCAAGAAAUUGAUUUAUGCCAAUGUGAGUGUUGAAGAGUUUCAGGUCAUGUGGGAAGACAUGGUGGCCAGGUAUAACUUAUCAAGCAACUCUUGGGUCAUCCAAACCUAUGAGUUGAGGAAUCUACGGGCUCUUGCAUAUUUGAGGGACCAAUUUUUUGGGCGAAUCAGGAUAACAUCCCAGUGUGAAGGGAUUAACUCUCUAAUAAAAGCAUAUGUGAGAAAGAAAGAUAUCCUUCUUGAAUUUAUCAAUAACAUGGAGACCGUGGUUAGCCAUUACAGGAACAAUGAAAGAGUCGCAGAGUUCAAUAGUAAAUAUACCGAUCCAGUACUUGUGACUUCUUUGCCGACACUUGAAGAUUUUGCUGCAAAGAAUUUCACUCGUAACAUGUUCCGGGAGGUCAGGAAGGAAAUUGAGGGUGCUUGUGCAAUGAAUAUAGAGUUGGUAAUUCAGGAUGGUGGAAAACUAUACUUCAAGUGUAACAGUUUUGGAUUGCCAGAUAUUGAUCAUGUCGUUGAGUUUGACAGAGUUGGGGGGAUGCUUCGUUGCGAGUGUCUGUGGUUCGAAAAUAGCGGAAUUCCCUGCAUGCACAUAUUCGCCUGCCUAAAGCACCAACAUGUUGAAGUUAUUCCAGAACGCUUAGUGUGCAAGCGUUGGACGAAGAAUGCCAAGAGUGACUUCAUGAAGUCAAACGUCGAUGAUCCAAGUGAUUCUGAUAAGGUACUAAAGUGUCGUUUGGGUGUGUUGGGUGCUGAGUGUUCUAGGUUGAUGGAUGUUGCAUGUAAGAACUCAAGUGAUUUUGUCGAAGCAAUAAAUGUUGUUGUCAACACAAUUACAAAACUCCAAAAGCGAGGUGAAAAUCCACGCAAUGGUAACUUAGACGAUGACUACGUUGUUGACCUAUUGGUAGUGAAGAGUAAGGAAGCCCCCAAGAAAAACUCAAAAUUUAAGCAACAGAGAAGGUGCUCAAACUGCGGUGUGACAGGACACUACAACAAAAGUUGUCCUAAUCUUCCUGGUAGAAUCCCAAAGGAGACGGUAGAUGAUGAUACAGAAAAGAAUAUCAGCAGCCAUCUUGACAUCCUUACUAAGCGCAAAAGACAUGAUAGUGUGAAAAAUCAACAGAAGAUGGAAAAAGAUAGGAACAUUGGUGGUGGAACAACACCAACCUCAGCAGCUAAAUCGGAUUAUACUGAUCAAGUGAAAACAUCAAGUCCUAGUCCCGAUAUCCCAGUUUGUGCAUCUACAAGUAACGAAGAGUCCGGGUUGAGUUCCAAAAUAAUUUCAUGUUGA